UGUUUUAUUUUUAUUUUUUAACGCUGAUUUAUUACGAUAUUACAAUUAUGAUACGAGAAAGAUUACAUAGACGAUUCGACAACCGACAAUACUACCUGUCUUCUGAGACCUACGCCUAACUGCAUCACCUGAGCCGUCCUAUGAAGAUCCACGCCUGAUCAGAUUUACUUGCAUCAUGUUGAAGAUCUCUUGUAAGCUUUUCUUCCGUAGUCUACAUAAUUGUUUAAUAAAUCGCUUUCUUCGGGACUUAAAACUUGGAUUUAUUGUAAUCAGCAAAAUAAUACAAUAUUUUGUUUUAUUUAUAAUGAAUUGUAAUUUUUUUUGAAAAGUCGCCAACAAAAAUUCAGACCUUGAAAUUAUUAAUGGCAUUACUGAUUUCGAUGUGAUUAGACUGCCCAUCACUUUAUUGCAGAAAUAUUAAUGCAUUUGUAUUAUACCAUUGGAAUAUGGACAAAAAUAAUUAUCGCGUUUAUUUAAAUUUUAUUCACUUUCUUAUUUCCCAAAAAUCUAUCCUAAUACCAAAUUGACUGAAAUAGUGAUACUAGCUAAUUAAUUAUAUUGGUUCUACCGCUUAGAUCAUCAUUAUCUAUGGUUUCUUAAGACAGAGAUCAUCAUUAUCCAUAAUUUUUUAGGACGGGAUUUUUAUGGAAAUAUAAAAAACUGCUUUUUAAUUGUUAACUAAAAAAUUAAGAAACUGUUUCUUAAACCGUGGAUAAUGAUGCUCUUAGUUAACAAAAACAAAGCUACGUUGUUUUAACUUACCGUUGAAGUUAUAUUUAAAACUAGAAAGGUAAAACAAUGUAAAGAUAAAAGAAAGUCUAACAAAAUGUAGUUGAGGCAUAUUUAUUAGAUUACGAUCUCCAAUAGCAAAAUAUAUAUCUUUCAUUUUUAUAAGACAUGAUAGUUUUGACUCAAUACGCAUAUAUUUUUUCUUUUAUCUUUUCUAGAAAAUAUUAUUAAAAUAAGAUAUAAAAUUAAUUUAUGUAAUUAUAAAUAAAAUAGUGAAAUAUAAUUUACUACAUAAUUUUGAUAAAAUUAAACUCUUAUUUAAAUAUAUUAAAACAUUUUUUUUUUAAACAUGUAUGAAAUAACAACAAAAAUCUUCAAAAACAUCUUUAAAUAUUUAAAUAUUGAACAUAAACCCUUUCUCAAAAGCUAAAUCCAAAUAAAGAGAUAAAAGAGAAAGAGAUAAAGAGAAAGAGAUAACCUCUAGUUCACAAUCUCCACUUGACUCAAUGAACUUUGAAGACAACAGCAACGACGAGGAAGAAGAAGAAAUGAAUCUUCACGAGGAAGAAGAAGACAACGCCGUUUACGACUCUCCUCCUCUUCCUCCAUCGCCCCGCGUCCUCAAGGCCUCUACUGAAAGUCCUAACACCGCCGGAACAAACUCAACGGGCGGUGGAGGUUUGAUGGUGGUUCACGGCGGUUCUAGGUUCAGGUUCCGUGAGUGUCUCAAGAAUCAAGCGGUGAACAUAGGAGGACAUGCGGUGGAUGGUUGUCGUGAGUUUAUGCCAGCUGGAACCGAAGGUACCAUCGACGCCCUAAAAUGCGCCGCUUGUGGCUGUCACCGUAACUUCCACCGCAAGGAAUUACCUUACUUCCACCACCUCGCGCCGCCGACGCCGCCGGGAGCCUACCGUCUUCCAGCUCCGAUGAGUUACCGACCAUCACCGCCACAAGCUUCUCCUGUCCAGCUGGCUCUUCCUCCACCAGCAGAAGAUCGAAUGGAGACUUCUUCUGCGGAGGCAGGAGGGAUGAGGAAGAGGUUUAGGACUAAGUUCACGGCGGAGCAGAAGGAGAGGAUGUUAGGUUUAGCUGAGAGGAUUGGUUGGAGAAUUCAGAGACAAGAUGAUGAAGUGAUUCAGAGGUUUUGCCAAGAGACUGGAGUUCCGAGACAAGUGCUUAAGGUUUGGUUACAUAACAACAAACACACUCGUGGUAUGUCGUCUUCAUCACCACUUGAUCACCAUCAGAAUCCAACUCUUCCUCCUCCUCCAUGAACAAGAGCAACCAUGCAUGAUUCUUGAGUUUCUCGAUCACUACUAUUGUUUAGUUUGUACCCAUCUUCGUUUGAUAACGAUGUUGUUGAUUAUCAUUCUGGUUAAUUGCGUUUUUCGUUAUUAA